CGAACAACUUACCCGGGCCACAUUGGGAGGGUGGAAGUCUGGUUACAUUUUCUCUGUUUUAUCCUGAUACUACUAGCGUUAUUGAAAUCAAGAAUGCAUCUUCUGUUCAAAUCAAUGGAAGCAACGUGCCAGUGGCGGCUAUUUGAAAUCUAUUCCCGCCCAAACCAACCCAGCAGCUUGUUCAUGAAGAGGUUCCUUUGUAUGGCGACCAACAAUAGCAACACCUAUAACCCCGGACUUGCUCAAAACCACCGUCAGCUCAUCGAUGGCCUUCUUCACUCCUUGAAUAACCGUCCUUUUCGCUCGGACAGCUCAGAGUUGAGGGACUUCACUCCGUUCCUUACAACUCGUAUUGUUGAGACCGUUUUGAAAGGUCUAAACAACUGGCGAACAGCGCAUAUGUUCUUCACUUGGGCUUCGGAUCAAUCUGGGUAUAGACAUAAUUGUUACGCGUACAAUGCUAUGGCUUCUAUUCUAGCCCGUGCUCGAGAAGAUUCCGCUCUCAGACUUCUGGCCGCAGAAGUGGUGACUUCUCGGUGCUCCCUAACGCCUGGUGCUCUAGGGUUCCUUAUCAGGUGUUUGGGCAGCGAAGGACUGGUUAAAGAAGCCAAUGCAUUGUUUGAUCAAGUAAGAGAGGUAGGUCUUUGUGUUCCAAAUGUCUAUAGUUACAAUUGUUUACUUGAGACUUUUUCCAGUUCUAGUUCAGUAGAUUUUCUCGAGACAAGGUACAGGGAGAUGUGUAAUCUUGGGUAUAAACCCGACAAAUAUACUUUAACACCUGUUUUAAGAUGCUAUUGCAAUGCUGGUAAAUUUGACAAAGCUCUCCAAGUGUUGGACAUAAUUAAACAGCAAGGUUGGCUUGAUUCCCAUGUCUUAUCAAUCUUAGUUGUCAAUUUUAGCAAAUGCGCUGAGUUUGAUAAAGUUGUUGAUUUUAUUGAGAAAAUGGACGGUUCUGGUAUAACUUUGAACGGGAAGACAUUUUAUGUAUUGAUACAUGGGUUUGUAAAGGAGUCUAAAUUGGAUAAUGCACUAGAGGUGUUUGAUAAAAUGAAAAAGCUUGGUUUUACCCCAGAUUUUUCUAUUUAUGAUGUUUUGAUAGGAGGGCUAUGCAAAAACAAAGAGACUGAGAAGAAAGCUUUACAUUUGUUCACCGAAAUGAUCGAAUUGGGAAUCAAUCCCAACGCUAAACUUCUUCAAAAGCUCAUAUCUAGUUUGCCCGGUGAAAAUGAAAUUUUGCACUUCUUUUACGAAUUGCGUGGAAGUCUGAGUUCUGAAUUAGUCAGAAUUUCACUCUACAAUGCUGUUCUAGACGGGCUUGUAAACAUUGGUUCUAUUGAAAAAGCAUAUUCUCUGCUUAUGACGAUAAUGGGGGAGGAAAAGCCAGAUUCUACUUCAUUUGCAAUAGUCAUAAAUGGUCUAUGUUGUGCCUGUAAAUUGGAUGUUGCCUUGGAUUUGUUACGUAAAAUGGGCCCAUUUAAUUGUAAGCCUGAUUUAUUGCUCUACAAUAAUUUGAUUGAUAGCUUGUGCAAUUCAAAUAGAAUAGACGAGUGCUACAAUCUUUUGUCUGAAAUGAAGGAAUUUGGACUUCAACCGUCUCAAUUCACAUACAACUCCAUAUUCGGUUACUUUUGUAAGGCGGAAGAUGUUGAAUCGGCUUAUAACAUUUUAAAAGAGAUGCGUUUAAACAGACACGAACCAUGGAUAAAGCAUUACUCACUUCUCGUGAAAAAGCUUUGUGAACGUGGAAAGGCAGUCGAGGCUUGUAGCUUUCUCGAUGGUAUGGUUCGAGAAGGUCUUCUUCCGGACAUAAUCGCUUAUUCCUCAGCUAUCGAUGGAUUAUUCAAGAUCAAAGAACUCGAUCGCGCGUUAUUUCUAUUCGCAGACUUAAUCGCUCGUGGAUAUUGCCCCGACGUUGUCGCCCACAAUAUUGUAAUCAAUGGACUUUGCAAAGACAAACGGGUCUCAGAAGCCCAAGAUGUUUUGAGUGACAUGGUGGGUAGAGGGUUAGUUCCUUCUAUUAUAACCUAUAACCAACUUAUCGACGGUUGGUGUAAAACAGGCGAUAUUGAAAAAGCUAUGGCUUGUAUCACUCGAAUGGUGAGAGACGAGUGUGAGCCUAAUGUUGUUACAUAUACGACCAUGAUAGAUGGGUUGUGCAAUGCUGGAAGGCCUGAGAAUGCUUUAGAUUUUUGGAACGAGAUGUUGAUGAAAAGGUAUUUUCCUAAUAGAAUUUCUUAUAUGGUUCUUAUUCAUAGUCUUUGUAAGUGUUCUAGGCCGGAUACAGCUCUUGUUUAUCUUUAUGAAAUGGAAGAGAAGGGAAUGAGACCCGACUCGUUUGUUUAUGUGGCGAUCAUCGAUGCUUUUGUUUCUAGUAAGAACAGUUUGUUGGCUUUGGACAUGCUAGAAAGGAUGUCUGAGAGACAGAUGUUCCCUGAAACUGUUGAUAAGAACCACUCGGUUCUGAGAGCUGCUAUAAUUGAACUAUCUGGAGAUGUCAAGGUUUUGUCGAAGAUUAAGAUAUUGUUUGCUGAGGGCCGAAUUCCAAUUACGUUGAAUUAUAGUAAUGCUGAUACUGAGGAUGCGGAAUAAACAGGAAACUGAGUUGCUCGACCUUGGAUGAAUUCGAUCAUCAAUGGUAUGUGCCAUUAUUUCGUAUGUUAUUUGCUUAUUUGGUAGUGCAUGUUUUAUAUGUUAGAAUAGUAUCAGAAAGUUUCAUUAUCCCUUUAUUGGAUGAUAUUAGUACAGUUUGGUUUUAUGGAGGAUGAGAAGUUCGGUUUCA